AGUGGUAUACACUGCAGCAAUACACUUUUUCGAGGAGGUUUUAAUGUACACGCCAAGCAGUGCAGUAAAAAAGCAAUUGUUCUUUGCGCACCAUAUAAGUUAUGCUAUUACAACUUCUUCUUGGAAUUUUAUUACAACUUGGGAACGUCUGCAGAGAACAAAGAGCCUGUUGUCAAUUUACUGAAAGAGAUGAACAACACACAACUGAAAACAGUCCAAACGUCACUUCAUGACUGCCUCUAUGAAAUGUUUAAUAGAGGGACUUCAAAGAGCUCAAACAACUACAAACAUUUACUUCCAAUGCUAAGGAUAUAUUAUGAAUUGUACGAACUCAAUUUAGUAAGAAAAUACACGUCGUAUACGUGCUUCUAUUUGAAGUCAAUUUCAAUUGAAAGAAAUUGGUCAGACGACUUUAGAGCGUUUUUAGAACAAAGAGAGGGACUUUUAUCGUAUCCGUUUUGCAUCGAAUUGUAUACACGAGUUCUUGUCCUUCACAAAGAGAAUGAGUUGGACAAGAAAGACGCGAUCAGAUUGGAGUUUGAACGCGCAAACACGUUUUUUAUAAAACCCUUUUUGGAGUUGAAUGUUGAGAGGGAAAACUUGUUAUUAACGUCGAUGAACGGGUUGUUAAAUCGAGAUCCCUUAGACUUCAAAAAAGAGCUCAAAAUCCAGUUUAUGGGAGAGCCUGGUGUUGAUCAAGGAGGAGUGUCGAAGGAGUGGUUCAGUUUGAUAACCAAAGAAAUAUUCAAUGUCGACUUUGGGAUGUUUUCGUACAACAAGAAGACGAGGUACUUUUGGUUUUCCUCGUGCAGUGAGGACAUUGUGGAUUUUGAACUGAUUGGAAUUGUGUUGGGGCUUGCAAUUUACAACGACAUCAUUCUUGAUAUUUCAUUCCCACACAUUUUAUACAAAAAGUUGUUGGGAGAACCAAUCACGUUUGAAGACUACAAGGACUUCGACCCGGAGUGCUACACAUCGCUUGUCCAACUCAAGGAAGUGGCGAAGACGGACGAUUUGUCUGCGCUCGGAAUGUACUUUGAAACGACGAAGGACGUCUUUGGAGAAAUUAUAGACGUUGACUUAAUUCCAAAUGGGAGAAACGUGCUUGUUACAAACGACAACAUCGACCAAUACAUCACCGCGUUUACAGACUAUUUUUGCAGUUCUUCGAUUGGGAAACAGUUUGGAGCAUUUAGGAAAGGGUUUUUGAGGGUGGUAACAUCACCCCUGAUACUUAUGAUGAGACCAGAAGAACUCGAGUUAGUGAUUUGUGGAACAAAAGAAUUCGAUUUUGUUGCGCUAAGGGAGUCGUGCGAAUAUAAAAAUUAUAAGAAGGAUUCUCCCGUCAUUCAGUGGUUUUGGGAAGUUGUGUUUGACCUUGACAUUGAGCAAAAGAAACAGCUGUUGGUCUUUGUGACAUCGAACGACAGAGUGCCAGUGGGAGGACUUGGCAACUUGCGGUUUUUCAUCGACAAAUACGGCGAGGUGGAUAGAUACCCAACAGCGUCCACAUGUUUUAACGCGCUUCACCUCCCUCCAUACCCAUCGAAAGACAUCCUCAAAGAGAAGUUGCUUUUUGCGAUUCAAAAUGCGACGGGCUUUGGUUUAGCUUGA